AUGCUUCUCCAGUUGGGGUUGUAUAGACACAACACCGCCCUCAAGUGGCUGGUGCAAAAUAUAACUCUUAUUUUCUGGUUGAGAAUUCAAACGCCUUUCGACAGGGACAAAUUAUGUCGCGUACGUAACGGUUUGAAUUAGCUGUUCAUUUCACAAGUUCUGGAUCAACUGCUAUAUGAUUCCCGUCGUGUUCUCGGCCAACAACGGGGAAAGAUGCCACAGAAAACACUGGGAUCCAUUGUUGGUCUGCUUUGCACCGGGACCUGGUUGGUACAGGGAAAGGAAUUCUGUUUUGGAGUGAACAAUGAGCAAUACCGGUGUGAGAUGGGCUACUGCUGCGGGGAGACAGAGUGCUGCACUUACUACUAUGAGCUGUGGUGGUUCUGGCUGGUGUGGACCCUCAUCAUAAUGCUGAGUUGCUGCUGUGCCUACCGUCACCGUCGGGUCAAGAUGCGGCUGCAGCAGGAGCAGCGCCAGCGCGAAAUCAGCCUUAUGGCCUAUCAGGGAGCUUCUAGUUCUUUCAUCUCCCCUCCACCCCUCAACUUGAGGUUCUGGACAGACUGCAAGCUUCCUGACUAUGAAGAGGUGGUGGGUCAUCCCCCGACUCCACCUCCGCCUUACUCUGAGAUCCCCCCAGAGACCACCCCUCCUAUCCUACUGCCCCCCAUCCAAUCAGAAGCUGCUGUGGUGCUGGAGCCCCCAACAGAGGACACUCCAAGAGAAGAGCAGGCCGCUAGUUCCUCAGCAGACCAGGAAUCCACAUCUGCUCCCAGCAAAUCACAACGACCGGUGGAAGAGGAGCUGGUGACCCGGCGCAGGCAUGUGACUGGCGACUCAGGGAUCGAGGUGUGUGUGUGCCAACUGGACGAGAGCUCUGGGCCGGAAGAGGACGAGGAGCAGGUGUGUCAGGGGGCCAGGGGGGACUGCUGCUCUGCCUCUGAGCACCACCACAUCAGACACAAAGAGAGAACCCCAGGGCCUCAGCCCAAAGGCCAGGCCGCCAGCACCGGAGACCGCCUGAUCUGAGCUCCACCACCAACCACCCAGAGGCUGCUGCUGCUGCCGGAUCUGCGCUUUAGGGAGGGAGUGCCCUUGUCAUCAUAACAAUAACCCAGACACCACCAGCAAAUGAAAUGUCCCACAACGACUCACCAAAUGAACCAGGUUGUCCUGCUCUUUGACAUGCUUGUCAGUUAUGAUCCAUAAAAUGACGCCAAUGAUGACAGUUUAUUUAAAAGAUGCUUAGUUUGGCUAACGGUUUAAUUCUUUAAUACCCAUGGAUGGUCCCUCAUCUGCUUUGUUUAGUUCUUGCAAUGGUGAUGAUGAAAAUGCCAACUUCUAGAGAUCUACCAAGUGGCAAGAAGAGGUGCUGAUGCUGGUACAGAAUUGACUACAUCUACCCACCCACUUGUCCCUCACUCUCCCACCCAACUGUUUAGCCUGGACAUUUUUCCUUUGGUCCUUCUAACAUUUCACCUCUGUGGGGACAGGGCAUGAUGGCAUACCACCAUUGUCACCAAUCCCUAGGCCCCAGCACAUAGGGGCCAAAACAUAAGAUCAUGCUACCAGACACAGUCCUGACCAGGGGAUACAAACUGUUACGGAUAGAACUUGUCUUGUUUUUGUAGGGGUUUGUGUGUGUGUGUACUGUGUAAUCUAGGACACAGCUGCAAAGUGAUGUCACCCCUGAGGUCAUCUUGGCCUGCAUCUGGUUUCCUUGUGGAGUGACAGCAGGGCUAUUUGCAUCCAGAGAAAAGGCUGGGACGUGAAGAUGUGCCUGUCUCUUAUAGCGUCUUUCUGAACUGUGUCCCAAUAACAUCAGACUCCACCCCUCCUACACCCAUCCCUCAUGUCUCCACCAGUACUCCGGUCAACACUUGGCCAGACUGAAAGGUAUUGAAUGGACUGGAACGGAUGUGAUUAUCUGGUCUGACUGGCCAAGUGAACUGAAGCCGUGACAAUAUCCCAUCGCUGUGCCUGCAACUUGGUAUCUAUAAAAAGCAUUGUGGUGGUCGACCGUGUAUGUGUUUUCACAGACCGGCGGUGAAAUAACGUGGAGUGUGUGGUGGGGUCAGCAGCAUUUUGAAGGACUGACAGUCUCACCGAGUGGUAAGGGGUAUGUUGUUGGGAAUAAAAGUACAAACCAGAGGGUGGGAAGACUGAAGUUUCAGCAGUGUAGUACUUUGUCCUGUAUCAUUUUCUCCUCUUUUAUUACUUCUCUAAACCUGCUUUAGCUGAGGCCACUAUAACCCACAUCAAUGGCAAAGAAUCUCUUAUCCAAGGGAUGCUGUGAGUGUGGAGUAGUGUACUCUUAUUUAGUGUAUCCUCAGUGUCCUGGCCUCUGGUGUAAGUUAGUGCACUCAACUCACCAGGCUUUAGACCACUUUUCUUUAAAAAAAAAUGCACUGGGUUCUUGUUUAGAGGGCAUGAGUAAUUCAUUUGUGUGUCUGUGUAGGUAGAUGUGUGUUCUGAUUUGUCCUGUCAGAAACUGUGUUUUCGGGCCCGUGUUUCAUAUAGUGUACUACUCCCAGGCCAUUGGCCCUGAGCUGACAAUGAUGAAUCUCUGCUGUUUAUACCCAGCAGCAGCCGGAGUCUGAUAGUGUCACUCCCUUUCCGCCACGAGUCCCCUGCCCGUGUGGGACUCGGACGGAGCGAACCAAGGUUUAAGUAUAGACACCAUGUAUCUAGUUUCAUCAUGUUAUGACUUUGCACUGGGCCUGCAAUGUGCUGUUGCAUACGCCCUUGGCUUGCAGUGGUGUGAACAUUGUAGAAGCAAUGUGACAGAUUUGUGUUGGUAUUUUCCAUUCAGUGGGAUGGGGUUGGCUUUGCUGUUAGUGCAGCUGCACACUGUUAUGAUAAACCAGUGAAGUGCGUUGCUUGCCCAGCAUGUGUCGAAGCACAGCCGUAGACUCGGGAGUGUGUUUUAUUCUGCCGUUCCACCUAAAAAAUAAGCACAAAAGUCCAGCUGUCUUGGGUGUGUUUUAAAUGGCAGUGAAGAUAUGAUAGUUUUAUUAUUUAGGGUAUUGAUUUGCUUUCAUGCAGCACUUAUUGAUCAAGUAGGUUAUGGACUGAUGCACUGUUUAUUAUUUCACUGCUAAUGAAAAAGGACAGACAAAGACAUUCAUUUCAACUAUCAAUCAAUAAGUUGUCUGUCUUCAAGUGUUAAGUCUUGACACUAUAAAAGUAACGCUGGAAAGUCAGAUUGUCAUGCACUCACAAAGACUCACCCGCUCACAUUAGGACACUAACAUGUUUUUGAUAAGACACCAUAAGUUGCCUUGGUAGGUUGCUAGGGAACAGACAUGAGGCUCAAGGUGCACCACAACAGAGGGGUAUCCUACGAAGCAGGUUUGAUGAGUUGGCGAGAUACCUUUGGUGAACCCUGAGUUCAACUCGGGAUAACCAGUCAUACGAAAGUGGCUCACAUAGAAUCAGGAAUUAGAAUACUAUGGUGGCUCAACUUUGAGCCAGGUACAUUUCUAUGGCAACGAAUCCUUCAGCACUUACCUGCUCUGGGGUCGGCUAACUCCACUUAUCAUGAAUGAAAUGACUGGGCUGUGAGUUGAGGACUAUGAAAUCAGAUUCACUCCCACUUUCAAAGAUUGUGUCAUCACUCCCUUUACUUGAGGGAUAUGACUGAUUUUAAAUAUUAUCCAUGGUCGUAGUACAGAGGAAGCCUGUGCUGUAAUGUGAAGCUAGUUAGCUUUAGAAAAACCUGAGUAGAUCUAGCUUGCUUUAUAGGAUACCCCUCAGAAGGCAUAUGAGCACUCAUUUUAAGUGCUCCUUCUGAGGCAUAAGAAAAUAAAUGCCUUACUGUGGCACGGUGGUAAAAUGUAGUUAGGGACAGGUAGACUAAAUGUGUUUUGGCAUCUGUGUUUGAAGAGUAGGCGAUUAUAUUCCAAACUUGUGCUUUGGAAGAAACCUAAAAUGUUUUAGCCCCCCUCCCCCAUGUUUGAAGCAUGGUGUGCAUAGUUUCUUCUAGUAGUCCAGAGGAGUCCUUUUCAUACAGAUUGAGUCCGAAGUGUAAAAUGAUCUCAGUCUGAUGUAUCGAUUGGCUCAACUUAUUCUAGACUGUGGUUAUGAGUUGCAGGAAAUGUAUCCGAGUGAAACCACAAGACGAGAUCAUAUGUUGUAAAAGCUGGCAUGUAGAAUAGGUAACAUUUGUUUAGUCAGAACGCUUGUAUCUGCUUCUCCCUGGUUAUGUGGUUAUUUGUUUAGUCAGAACGCUUGUAUCUGCUUCUCCCUGGUUAUGUGGUUAUUUGUUUAGUCAGAACGCUUGUAUCUGCUUCUCCCUGGUUAUCUGGUUACUUGUUUAGUCAGAACGCUUGUAUCUGCUUCUCCCUGGUUAUUUGUUUAGUCAGAACGCUUGUAUCUGCUUCUCCCUGGUUAUGUGGUUAUUUGUUUAGUCAGAACGCUUGUAUCUGCUUCUCCCUGGUUAUCUGGUUACUUGUUUAGUCAGAACGCUUGUAUCUGCUUCUCCCUGGUUAUUUGUUUAGUCAGAACGCUUGUAUCUGCUUCUCCCUGGUUAUCUGUGGUUAUUUGUUUAGUCAGAACGCUUGUAUCUGCUUCUCCCUGGUUAUCUGGUUAUUUGUUUAGUCAGAACGCUUGUAUCUGCUUCUCCCUGGUUAUCUGUGGUUAUUUGUUUAGUCAGAACACUUGUAUCUGCUUCUCCCUGGUUAUCUGUGGUUAUUUGUUUAGUCAGAACGCUUGUAUCUGCUUCUCCCUGGUUAUCUGGUUAUUUGUUUAGUCAGAACGCUUGUAUCUGCUUCUCCCUGGUUAUCUGGUUAUUUGUUUAGUCAGAACGCUUGUAUCUGCUUCUCCCUGGUUAUCUGUGGUUAUUUGAUCACUUUUUUUUCUUCCCCAUCCCCAUUUUCUUUAGUUAUUAUUGUAUUUUUAUUUCAAGGAUAUGAUCUAGAUAAGUUUGAUAUUUGAACUGACCUGAAAGGAUGUUGAAUUAGUACCAAACAAAAUUAUGUUAAGAAAUCCUUUGUUUUAGUUUUUCUUGUGCUCAUAUGAGAUGUUUGUUUUUUGAAUGGUUGGGGGGGACUGACAAAUGUAGAUGCUAAAGUGCAUUUAUUUUUAUGCAAUAUAGAUAAAUUAAGAUUAUGACAUUGAGGGUGUUUCAUGUUUCUGAAAAAGAAAAUGGGGACCCAUAGUUUCAGUCCCAUUGCUCACUACUUACUGGGCAAACUCUUGUUUGGCUUUCACAUGUUUACCUAGAUAAAGGGCUAUCAGUCAGUCAUGGACAAACACCCAUCCAUUUCAUUCAUCUGCUCUGUAAUUUUCCUCUUACCUACAGUUGCAGACACCGGCGAUAUGUGAACGUAAUUCUUUGGACUUUUGUAGUACUCGUGUGAAUAAUGGGUGAUUUGUAUAUUUUCAAGCAUCUUUUGCCUUUUUGUUCCCUGUUCGCUUUUAUUUCAAUGUUCACAGAGGCGCGUGAAGCUCUUAUCCCUCGCUCGGUCUCUUCUUUCUCUCAAACCCCUCCCAGUCCCCUAUGGCCUCUCACCAUAUACCAGCACAGAGGGCACAAGCUAGGAUCAGUGUCAGGUUGGGUAUGUGGCCCAUGAUGAGGUAACUAGCCCCAGGUGUGAUAGUGAUGGGGGCUUUAGCCAUGGCUCAUUGCAUCCCUCUAGACCAUGAGACCCCCCCCCCCCCCCUCUCCUCCUCCGGGGGCCCGACCAUACCGAGCAUGGUAACAGAAACUGUGGCAACCCACACCAAUGUUUGUCUUUGUGAGAUGGGGUUUUGCCUCUGCAUAUAUCAUCCUUAAGAUCAUGCAGGCACAAUUAUCUUUUGAGAUUGUUUGCCUGUAUCUAAAUUAUCACUGUACUCAAUAUCAGUACCCACACGUUGUCUCAUACACGCGAUCCUAUUGUCAUGAAUAGAAAACAUUUUUUUUAAUGGGCAUCAAUAUUUGGCAUCUUUCAGAAUCUACCAUUAGCACCAGUGACAUCAGUUCUGUUUCAUUUACCUUGCUCACUACACCAAAGGCCUCCUUUCACCCUAAAUUGUUCCUCUUUUCUGCUCCAUGCGCCUCUGUAAUGUACUGUAACUGACUAGCCUAUGCAAAAAAACAAACCCAUUGAUAUGCUGCAAUAACUCUCUUCUGUGUGGUUGCCAGUACAAGCAAUAUUACUCUCAGUACAUGUCGCAAGUGUACCUCAGUUUAUUUUUUGUUUUUAUUGCUACUAUGGUGUGUUUCGUGUGUAUGCUUUGAAAGUAAAUGUGUAUAUCUACAUGUUACCUCUUGGUGGGUUGGGGAGUAAAGAUAAAAAGCCAUUCUAGUUAAUUUUGUCUUUUGUUUCUGUUAGUCUUUAGUGACAUGGAUAGAAGUACAGUCUGCUGUCAUUCUGAUCUGCUAAGAAUAUUACUCCUGCUUAUUAUGAAGAAAAAAUACAUCUGUUUAACUUGUGUAAACUAAAGGAGUGUUUUGAAUUAUAUUUUGUUGUAUUAAUACUAUUUAAUCUCUCCUCAGAAUAAUAUUAUUCUGUUGGUCAUGUGGGUACCUUUGCCACUGUUCCACCCCUUGUGUGUUGCGCUGUCAUGGUGUACUUGUAAACAGUGAGAUGGCUUGUUUUUAUUGUAUUUGAGACAUUUUCAGUGACUACUUAAUGGUUGCCUUCUCUCCUUGAUUGCCCAACCUUUUCAUAUAGAAGAUAGUGAAUGUGACCUUUUUAUCAAGUAUGGAAGCAAAUCUAAUCCGUGCUAGAUAACCAAGUGGAGAAAAUGAUCAGGUCUCUUAAAUGGGUUGUUUAGGGUACACCUCUGCUAGCCCAGGAGUUUGUUUUAGAUGAUCUCUCACUAAGGGGUGGGUUGCACUUGUAAUCAUACAUCACCAAGGCAACAAUGUACUCGCAACAUAAUCUAAGGAGGCUCUGUUUAACCAACAUGAAACCCAGCUGUUUCUUUCAUUUCUCCCUCAACCAUAGAUAAUGUCAGGCGGAUGUUGUGGCUGAUGCGUAUGUAGAAAGACUUUGCAAAAACCAACACCCACGCUAGAGGAGGAACCGGUCGACCACAAUCACAGACCCUUUCGUGUUCUUUUUCCUAUCUAGAUCAAGCCCCCCCAAAAAGUGUAGGGGGAAAAAAAGCACUCAAAUUUGUGGUACAUUUGAAUGCUUUGGUUUAGUUGGGGGUCUGCUGUGUACUGUUGGGUAAUUUGGAUUUUAUUUUUGUAUAAUAAAACAAACAUUGGCACUGUU